AGAAAGGAAAAAAAAAAAUCUUUUUUUUUUUGUUUUUUUCAAUGGAGCUCGUAAUUUUCUUGGCACUAAUUGUCUUGCUCCUUAUUGGUCUAAGGAUAUUCGAGGCUUUUGUGAUCCUUGUUUGGCAUCCAUUUGUGGUGACCAGAAGAUUCAAAAACCAAGGAAUCUCAGGCCCAAAGUACAGAAUCUUUCACGGAAACCUCAGCGAGAUAAAGAAGAUGAAGAGAGAAUCUCAUCUUUCGACUCUUGAUCCCAGCUCCAAUGAUAUUUUCCCUCGUAUUCUUCCUCAUUAUCAACGAUGGAUGUCUCAAUACGGAGAGACAUUUCUUUACUGGAACGGAACAGAGCCAAGGGUAUGCAUCUCAGAUCCUGAACUUGCAAAAAAUAUCUUGUCGAACAAGUUAGGUUUCUUUGUCAAAUCAAAGAUGAGACCCGAGGUCGUUAAACUUGUCGGCUCCAAAGGACUUGUCUUUAUCGAAGGUUCUGAUUGGGUUCGCCAUAGAAGAAUCUUGAACCCUGCUUUCUCCAUCGAUAGGCUCAAGAUCAUGACUACCGUGAUGGUGGAUUGUACGCUCAAGAUGUUAGAGGAGUGGAGAAAAGAGAAGAGUAAGGAAGAAACAGCGCAACCGAUGAUUAAAAAGGAAAUGCACAGAGAGUUCCAAAGACUAACAGCAGAUGUAAUAGCGACCUCUGCUUUUGGAAGUAGUUACGUCGAAGGAAUCGAAGUGUUUAGAUCACAAAUGGAGCUUAAAAAGUGUUGUAUACCGUCUCUCAACAAAGUCUUUAUCCCUGGAACUCAGUAUCUUCCUACGCCUUCGAACUUUCGGAUAUGGAAGCUGGAGAGGAAAAUGGAUAAGUCAAUUAAGAGAAUUAUAAGGUCGAGACUAGAGUCACAAUCAGAUUAUGGAGACGAUCUUCUGGGAAUCUUGUUGAAAGCAUACAAAACUGAAGGGAACGAACGAAAGAUGAGCAUCGAAGAGAUCAUACAUGAAUGCAGGACUUUCUUCUUCGGAGGUCACGAAACUACUGCGAAUUUAUUGACAUGGACAACGAUGUUGCUGAGCUUGCACCAAGAUUGGCAGGAGAAACUCAGAGAAGAGAUAUUCAAAGAAUGUGGUAAACAAAAAACCCUAGAUUCAGAAACUUUCUCCAAACUCAAACUGAUGAACAUGGUGAUCAUGGAGUCGCUUCGACUUUACGGACCAACGUCAGCUUUGGCCCGAGAAGCAUCAGUAAGCACAAAGCUAGGUGACCUAGAGAUUCCCAAGGGCACAACCGUCGUCAUCCCGCUUCUGAAGAUGCAUAGCGACAAGACCCUUUGGGGAUCCGACGCCGACAAAUUCAACCCAACGCGGUUUGCAAACGGUGUUUCCCGAGCCGCCAACCACCCAAAUGCUCUCCUAGCAUUCUCCGUCGGACCAAGAGCCUGCAUUGGCCAAAACUUUGUCAUGAUCGAAGCCAAGACUGUGCUCACCAUGAUUCUUCAACGGUUUCGGUUUAUUAGCCUCUGUGACGAGUAUAAGCACGCGCCGGUGGAUCACCUCACUAUUCAGCCUCAGUACGGCUUACCCGUAAUGCUUCAGCCUCUGGAAGACUGAAGUCUUAAUGAAACUAAGUAUCUCUCUACCUUAUGUGUGUGACAAAGUCUUCUUCAUAUAGGCCGGCUUAUUUCUUAUGGUGGGGGCUUUAACUAAUCCUUGUUAAAUUAUUGGGCUUUUACAGUCUCAAUUUGGAACCCUUGGAUGGGCUAAAUAGUUAUUAAUAUAUUGGGCUUAUUGCUUAAAGCCGGCGUAUAAGUGAUGUGAUACUGUAUAUUGCAUGUGUAAUUGAAAAGUGGAACGUUUUCAUCAUGAAUUAAAAAGCUAAAAGCAACUUGAAACAUGAGUAA